UAUGGGAGGAGAGCGUGCACGAGUUUGGGGUUCCCAAAUAACGGGAACAAGCAGACAGAGCAAAACACGCAGGCGGAUGGACGAAAGGAUAGGCAAGUGAUCUUAAAAACCGGCGACGUAGCGAGCUCGUUUCCCCCGAUGUUUUCGUGCUUUGUUUGUUUGCCUUGUUUAGUUAGCCUAUUUAUCGAUUGAUUGCGUUUUAAUUACUGGCUUGUGACAAGGUGCGCGGGAGGAGGGGCGAAUCCGGCGAGCACGUUGAGUUGCCUUAUUUUUGUAUGGAUUUUAUUUAAAUUUGCCAAAGCAAUGCCAUUUUAAUGCAGCCGAUUUUAACCACGUUUAGUGGACUUUGUGCGAAUGAAUGUGUAGCCUGUAGCUGCUAGAAUAAGGAGGAGAGCUGUAGUGGAGCUAGACCAAAUAAAUUCACCAAAAAUGCACCACAUAUCCAAGUAAUAACACAAUAUACGCUGUCUUUUGUACGUUUACAGUCAGGGUGUGAAAUAUUUUUGUCUUUAUUAGAGCAAAUGCAGAAUCGUCAGUUUAUUUUACAAGCAUAACCAAAGUUAACGCGACUGCGAGCAAGGGGCGAAUCGCAGGCCAGCUCUUUAGAGACAGAAAGACUAGAUAGAGAUCCAGUCCUCAACCUUCGUAAAAAAGUAAAUCUAUGCGUCUGAGUGACAGAUACAUGUCAAACAGACAUAUUAUACCAAAUACUACAGCUUAUUACCAAAAAAUUAGACAAACAUUAAAGUAAUUGUGAAAUUAAAUAACCCACGUUUGUCUUGUUCCAGUCAGUCUAUCCGCCUGUGUGUGCGCGCUGGGAAAAUAGGCUACAGUCAGGCUGCGCGCAUCUGGGUACCUAUGCACGUCGACCAAAAGUAAAUACAAGCGAAUAGAAAGGCUAAAAAUAUAAAAUGCAACUGGAAAACAUAUGUAUAAAUGCUACAUAGAUUACAUCUUACGAAUAAGCCCAAUUUAUGCCAGAAUUGUCUAAAAGCUCUCUCCCUGGAACGCAGACGGAACCAAGCGAAUCAAGUGUUUAAAAGACUCUGCUUAAAUUGCAAAGAAAAGCAGCUGAUAAGAACUAGACAAGAAGACGGAGGAUCAUGUUUGUUCCUUUGCCGAUGCCGUUUGUUUUGCCGAGAACUGCUUCAGAUCUCCACGCCUGGCGCCUCAAGUCCCCGCUGGCUCUGCGCUCUCACUCCGAUAUCAGAAUGUCUAAACCAGUAGAGGUUGAGAAUCCAGCAGCAAACUCUCCGAUGGAGAGCACAGACUCAGAGAGAAAUGGCUCAGAUUCUAAUAAUCAGGUUCAGUCUAUGAAAAUCAAUCCCUACUCCCUUUCCCCUACACUGAGCAAUGCCACCAAGGCUAAAGUGGAGGAUUGUGGUGAAAUGUCUCCAGCUCCUGUACAAACUACAUCCGCUCAGACGGCCCUUUCCCACACACAGCUGAUGUUAGCGGGCGGCCAGCUGGCAGGAUUGACUGCACUCUUGCCUGCACAACAGCAGCUGCUCUUACAGCAGGCGCAGCUACUCGCCGCAGCUGUGCAGCAGUCACAUGCAGCCCACGCGGCCAAUCAACAGCAAGCACAGCAGCAGGCCGCACAGCAGCAGGCCAAUCAGCAGGCAGCUCAAUCGCAGUCACACGGCCAAUCGCAGAGCACACAAGAGCAAAACGCCGCCUCUGUCCCGCCCCCUCCUCACCAACUCUCCCUAUCUCAGCCAAUCCAGCUCACUGCCCAGGACAUUCAGCAGCUGUUGCAGCUUCAGCAGUUGGUUCUUGUUCCAGGACACACUCUGCCUUCACCUGCUCAGUUUCUAUUACCACAAACACAACAAGGGCAGCAAGGGCUGCUAUCAACACCAAAUCUAAUUCCACUACCUCAGCAAAACCAAGGAAGCCUGCUGGCCGCUCCGCCCAGACUUGGUCUUCAAGCACAGAGAGAAAAGGUUGGGGAGAGCACGGUAACUCCAGUGACCUCACAUUCUGAGGAGCCAAGUGACCUGGAGGAACUAGAGCAAUUUGCCCGCACAUUUAAACAGAGAAGAAUCAAGUUGGGCUUUACACAGGGUGAUGUGGGACUAGCCAUGGGGAAGCUUUACGGGAAUGAUUUUAGUCAGACCACCAUCUCCCGAUUUGAGGCACUCAAUCUCAGCUUCAAAAACAUGUGCAAACUCAAACCCUUGCUGGAGAAGUGGCUCAAUGAUGCAGAGACAAUGUCAAUGGACAGUACCCUGCCAAGUCCCAGCGCUCUCUGUUCUCCCUCUCUCGGCUAUGACGGCAUUCCAGGACGGCGCAGGAAGAAACGCACCAGCAUUGAGACCAACGUCCGCGUCGCUCUGGAACGCAGCUUCAUCACGAACCAGAAGCCUACCUCAGAGGAGAUCCUGCUCAUCGCAGAGAAGCUCAACAUGGAGAAGGAGGUGAUCCGCGUCUGGUUCUGCAACCGUCGACAGAAAGAGAAACGUAUUAACCCCUCCAGUGCCACCCCUCCCUUGCCCAGCCAACCCCAGCCCACCUCGCACAAACCCCCCUGCUACAGCCCGCACAUGAUGGUCAGUCAAGGUCCAUCCCAGACAGUGACCAGUCUCAGUACAGCAGUGACCACCAUGUCAUCAGUUUGCCCUCUGACCCCAAGUGGACCUUCCUUAAGCUCCGCCCCAUCUCCAGUGACCCCGCCUCCCCGCAGUGACACCAGCCCUGCCCCUCCGAGUCACAGCACACUAAGUCUAAACGCAGGUUCUUGGCAUAAAAAGAACGGCGACGUUUCUAACUACAUCACUGAUUUUGCUGCGGCUUUGAGGAAUGCGGUGAGGGGUAUUAACACAGGAAUGAAUCAAGCUUAUCUUGCAAACAACCCACUUGCUACUAUCCAAGCACUAGCAGCCAGUGGUGGCCAGCUGCCCAUUUCCAGUCUUGAAGGCAGCAGCAAGGUUUUAAUGGGUGGUUCUGGGGCUCAAGGAGCAGGUCUCCCCUCUUCCCUUUUCCUUAACCACACCUCUUUGUUGCCCAUGGCGACAGGCACCGGAAUGGGAUUGGGCGGUUCAGCUAUGGCUCAAGCAGCCAAAACAUCAUUCCCAUUUACAGGCGGCAUGAGUCUUUCCCCUUGCUCAAGCCCCACCUCUUCCUGCUCUUCCAGCGAUUUGGUCCACAGCCCACACUCGAUGGGAGGGUCUAAAAUUGAGUGACAUUACCCGUUGGCCAAUCACAGGAGGAAAAGGAGGAGAAGGUGAAACUUCACCUGUUAACCAAAGCAUCUUUUUGACCUCCUUCUUCCCAUUUCUCUUUUACACUCUCUUUCUUCCUCUCUCCCACUCUACUGAUGCCAAAAAUACACCGAGUACAAGAGGGGAGAGAUGGAGAGACAGAAUGGACGGAGAAAGGAAGAGGAGGAACUACGAAACCAAAAAAACACCACAAGGCUUAGCAGGACGCAGCCAAAUACAAAACUAAUAAGAAAACAAAGAACUAUUUGAAGAAACAGCGCAGUGUGAAGAGGACAAAGUGAUCCUUGGAAUCUGCCUGCACCAAAAACAAACUUCUACUGUGUUGUACAACAAUAACAAAGAAUAAACUUCAACUCUUUGAAGCUGACAUGCCGAAUACUGAAUACCAAAAAGUCAAAUGAAACUUUAAGAGACUCACUAUGACAAAAAAUACAAGCAUACCAAAAUCUCAAAUGCCAAAAACAAACACCAAAAAUACGGAUGGAAAAGCUUUAUCCAAAGGACCUGUAAAUAGCCAACCGUCCAGGACCAGAUCCAGUGACACGAUCCAACCAUUUCCGAAUUUAUCAUCUGCCAUGAAAUCAUGUUGUCUGUCAUGUUAAUACAAGUUUAUUAUUUUCAGCAUUAGUUUUGACUACAUCUGAGCCAUGCUUUCGUGGUUUCAUCUUGUCUAGAUUCUCCAAUUCUUCCUUUUUCUAGCCUCAUAUUUAAAGAACAUAGCAGGUUUUCUAUUUUUAUGGUAUGUUUUCAUGGUCAUCAUCAUCAUCAUCAUCAUUUCAUGUCAUAUUAGUAAGUAGAGUACAUGGUGUUUAAUCCUGUGACAUGGAUGUGGCUCUCUUUCUCAGUAAGAGUAUUCAUAUCUCUAGUUAAGUGUAAAUACGCUCAUGUCUGUCUCAAUAAUGCUCAUCCCAUUAGUCAUCCAUUCCUCACCUGCUCCUGUUUGAAUACCAAAGUGAUUCAUUCAUACACAUGAUCAGUUCAUUUUUCACACGAUGCAGGGAGCGAUCAGGUGCUCAAACCAUGGCCACUCCCACUUAUAGACACAUGGGAGAUGGCUCGGUGAAGAAGACGCCAGUCCUCUCUGCUUUUUUACAAGCCAAAAAUGACACCCAGUCAAACUUCCACUAUCCCAGAACGGAAAACCAAAAACCAACCAAACCAAAUAUAAACGGAGAGUAACAGGUGUCGCCGUACAGUAACAAACAACGUCCCUUCAUGCAUUUCUGGACCGAGGUCACCCAGAACCUUGUAGCAAGGGAUCGAUGGAUAGAAUUGAGAUUCCACCUCUGCCUCCCGUCAUUCAAACUCUUCCUGGUCCUGGGUGGCGGGAACUUUGAUGACCUCACUGAACUCAUCUGAUAUAGAUGUUUAGGGUUUGUUUGGGGGUUGGAAGGGUUGUUAUUUUUUUGGUCUUUUGUUCCGUCUGUCCUUUGUCGUGGGGUUUUUCGAUGCAGUGCGUGUUGAUGCUGUAAUUCUUCAUUUGCGUGCUUUCAUUUGAGAAAAAGGUAUUCCUGUAUUGCCGAAAUCUCAUUUUUACGUUCCCUACUCGUUCCUAUCUAGUUGUGUUAGAGACUCUAAUCAGGUGGUUGAAACAAUACUGUGAACAUUCAGUACAGCAGAUAGUUAACCAGGAUAAACACACGCUCGAGUGCAUCCAAAGAAACCAAAGUCUCAUAUACAGUAAGCAAGCUUUAAAGAGAACCAAAUAUCAGAUGCUCUGCAAUUAACAUAUUCUCAUCCACGACCGUACAGUUGUAUUUAUAUUGUGCUAUAAUCUGUAGCAGGAACUAAGGGAUGGUUAACAUGAACUCAGUUCUCUACGUCACCGUAUAGUCAGAAUGGGUCAGUUAGUGCUUCUAUAGAUUUUGUAGUAAAUGAUCUAUGUUAUAAUGCUUACUUAUUGCUAAUGUAUGGAAGAUAAACUUUGUGAAAAGAUGAAAAAAAUGUCGAUAUUUACUUAGACCAAAAAUUCACACUAUCUCUCUUUUGGGUUUUUGUGUCUUCUUCCUCCCCCGUUUUAUUUCUUUAUUUAUUCUCCUCUUGCUGGAGUUUCUUAAUUUUUUAUAUUUAUUAUUUAAUAUAUUACAAAUGCUGUUUUGUAGUGGGUGUGUUUGAGGCACCAGAUUGUAUUACAAUGUAAACUUCCUUUGCCAAGGCAACCUUUCAAACCAAAUCCAUCGACAAAUGCAACCGUCGGUCCUAAUCGACCGACCGCAACAGCACAGGGGUCGACGGCGCUCGUCUUCUCAACCCCGUAGCUGUACUGGACUGUGGAGGGGUAACCUAUCAGGGGAAAAAGCAGCACUGCGUUUCAAAGUGUUGUGGUAGCGUUCGUUCACUACAGUAACCUUCAAAAGUUCGAGCAUGCACUGCCACGGUGAGAUUAUAAUCACAAUUGUAGAUCUUGCCCAGACAGCUCACCUGUCUUUAGGAACCCGCAUUGUAUCUCCACAUAAUCUCACCAAAGAUGAUGUUGCUAUGGUUACUGUCGUGACGGCUACCACGCUUGUGAUGAUGUUGCGCGCAGUGCUGCCGUUAGCCUUGACCUGAAAGCUUUAAACAGCUACAAAACCAAAAACUUUAGGAGAGAAAAGAUGGAGGUAUUCGGGUGAAAGGGGGUUCCGUAGCGUGGGAGGGGGGAGAGGAUACAGCAAAAUAUAUGUAUUGUAUGAUAGCAGAAAUGUAUCUCCAUCUUCCUCUCUGCCUCACCUCUCCUCGUUUUCCUAUUUCUGUUCUGCGUUGAUUUUUUUGUGUCUGUCGUUUCGUCUCUUGGGUAGAGGGUGUGAAAGAGAGAUAGUUCCUCGUAUACCUCACGUUCCUCAAUGACAAACCAAAUCGAUGAAUGCUUUAAACCGAAAGGCGGGCUGCAUCCGAAAGAAGCGUUCUGAUUGGCCAGAGCUUAGGAAUCGGAUGAACGCGCUCACAAACGCCAGUAAUGAACAAAAACGCUCUGGUCUGUUCACUUUCUCGGCCCUGCACCAGCCGCUGGGAAUGCUUUUCCAGUCACCAAACACAGGGCAAGAUGUGACACACACACACACACACACACAUAUAUAUGUACCUGUAUUGUGUAUGUAUAUACUGUAUAAAUCAGACAGGUGACUUAGAGGAAGGGGUGACUGUUGUUGCUAGGUGACAAAUUUUAUGUCUUAAAAUGCAGCAGAUAUGUUGAAUCUUGCUUUAACUUUCUCUCGCUGUCUAGUUCACCUUUAUAUUGGAUCUCAAAAUGAAAAACUGUUGUUAUGCAAGCAAUGACUGUAGUGUAAGGGAGUGUGUAUUUAAAGUGUGGAGUCUCUUAAUGGUGUGAAUCCCCAGAGCAUGAUACCAAAGCAACACCCCAUUCUGAGACCGAACACGACACACACACACUUUCUGAAAAUAUGCUCAGAUACUUCUGUUUAUGAUGGAUUUGCUACAUAUGAAUCUAAUACUGUAUUAAAGAACAUUCCUCAUAAAGACAACAACGAGCAAAGUCUGACCAGGUUAAGAGAAGUGCAAGUUAGAUACCUUGCUUACUCUUUUUUUCUUACCCUGCUUUCUCUGUAUAGAUAAACAUGAAAAGCUUCAGUCCAAAGGUGUUUAAAAGUUUUUUUAUAUAUAUGAAUAGCAAAGAACUUAAACACUUCUAGUUAAACCAAAGAGCUACACUAACAUCCUCACCUAUUUUUUGUCUCGUUCCCUGGUCACCUAGCAACCCAGUUUCUGAAAGUAUAACCUCAACACAUACAAUGAUGAUGAUGAUGAUGAUGAUGAUUAAAUGUAUAUUUUGAAUUAUCCAUUAUAUGGGGGAAGUGUCAUGAUGAUGAUGAUGAUAAUGAUCUUAAAGAUUUUUUGUUUUUUUCAGUGAUGGUGAUACGUUCCCUGCUCACCACAUGUGGGUGCAUCAUUGUCUGUGUGUACAUAUGUUCAUGUAUGCAUGUUACACACUCUAAAACUGGACUCCUAGUUGACAAAUGCAGUUAUUUUGGUAGCGUGGAUGAAUGUGGGUGUCUAUUUUAAUGUGUGUGGUCACGUUUUACCCUUUUUAUUGGUUCUCUUUACUUUCCAGUUUAAAUUGUUCCUGGGUUGAACAGUUUCUUCUUCCUUUUCUACUGUCUCUCUCUCUCUCUCUUUUCCUCCCUAUGGUUAGCCUUUCGGUGUAAUUAUCUCUGAAACCAAAAAAUAGUUGACAAAUAACUUGCUUGUUCAUUGUACAGUGUUGUUCAUUUAAAGUCAUUUUUGUAACUG